GUUUCAAAUUUUGUUUUGUAAUGCUUACUUCAUCUUGAUACAUUAAAUAAAAGAGACGCAAUACACAUACAGACACGCAAGCAUGCAGACACAAAGGGGCAUACAUCUACAUAAAUUAUAUCCAGGAAAUUCCCUAGUUUUUUACCUUAUUGUAUUCCGGAGUUUGAAAUUAAUCGAGAGAAUAAUUGUGCGUAAUUUGUAGUUUUAAUGAAAGGACACUCUAGAGAACAUUUUAAAAAUAUAUUUUCUAAACGGGGUUUAAAUACUACAAAAUUAUUUCAUGCCCUUCGGAAAUUACGAAACAAUUAAAUUACUUCAAUCGAGUCGAAUAUCAACUUCAUUGUUUAACGCCCGACCUUGAAAAAUAAAAAUCCUGCCACUCAGUCGUUUUUUGUUGGUGAAUUACUGUUAUAUUUAUUUCCCCUUUGUCAAUCAAAGUGACGUUCACUUCCACUCACCAAUUCACUUUACGAAAGUGUAAUACAUUCUUUGCAUUACUCGCAAAGCCGUUUGCCUAAUUGUUAAGGAAGUUAUUUAAAGGACAAGUCGCGCGUAUCUUCGUCUUCAUUGCCUAUAGAAAAGCCAGUUUUUAUCGAUAUACGUCUGCCGUUACGUAAACCGAAGAGAAAAUUUAUUGCCAUUUGUUUAAAAUCGAACGUCUCACGAUUGUCUAUCUUCAUUUGAAACGAGGGUCGUCCGAAGAUUAGGUGCAUCUAGCACAUAUUUUUUCAACGUAAUAAAAAGUUUCCAGCUCUGGUUGUAGUUUGUCGUUUAUUGCCACGCGUCGUCACGGCAUCGUCCACAAAAAGGUAUGGCUUAGUUGUAAAAACUAAAUACCAAUUGCCGUUGUAAAUUAAUUAAUAAUCGAGUCCGGGUUUUAAACUUUUUAUUCGAAAUGAUUUUGAUUGUUUCGAACAAGUGAAAGAAAUGUGUAGCGGUGGCGUAACAGUAACAUCCUGUACACGUAUUGUAUUGCGUUUAAGCUGAUCCCGGAAGGACGUAACUUAUAGUGACUUUAUUUCCUAUAUCGAUAUACUUUUCUUUCAAUUUAAUUUAUUUUAUUUGUACAUUUUGUAGUGAGUCGAAAUUAGGUGAAAUUUUAGAUUUAGAAGGGACUCGAUAAUCAGACUUCGUCAAUAAUCAAAUGAUAGCCACGGAAACAAAGAAAGAAACAGCCGUAUACGUUUCACCCCCCGAAAACGGUGAAGUGACCGAAGAGGAUUUGGAAGACGAAGGCGAUAUUCGAUGGAGUGACAUUCGUGGAAAGCGGAUUGCUUCUACGAGUAUAGUCCGACCAGCCAAAAAUCAGUUUUUCAUGAUUGUUUUCGAUAAAUGGUCAAACAUGAAAGUAGGAUUCGCGUACAAACUUCUAAGUAAAAAGUUCGAAAAACACGGAAGGAGAAUCAGCAGAUUCGUCUUUUGGUUCUUAAUAGGACCAAUUUUCUUCAGCUUUCUCUUGGCCACGGGAUUACAGAAACUAAAAAUAGACAACAGCGAAAACAUCUUCGUUACUUCUAACGGUGUCGUCGGGAAAUAUCGAUGGCAGUUGAGGAAGUGGUUUCCCAUGGACACUUCUUCCGAUUUUCAACCCGGAAGAUCCAUCGACACGUAUUUAUACGCCACUGUUAUAGUCGAGACGAGAGACAAAGGGUCCGUUCUUCGAUCGUCCGUCUUCCAAGAAAUAAUUACAUUGGACGAGAAUAUACGUAAUUUCACCUUUUCCGAUAAAGGCCAAUGGAAGUACGAAGAUUUGUGCGCUAAGAAUAAUGGAAAAUGCUGGCAGAAUAGCAUUCUUCUUCUCGAAAGUAAAAUUGCGCGGAUCGAAAACGGAACGUUCGCGUUGAAAUAUCCUAUAAAUAGGAGCAGUAAGAAAAAUUACAACGUACUUUCUUUAGGAGGAAUCGCUGUUAAUGAUAAAAAUGAAAUAAUUUUCGCUCGGGCCCUAAGAUUAAUUUACUUUCUAAAUGAUGCGGACGAGACGAUGGAAAGUCUGAGCAAAAAAUGGGAGAAAGUUUUCGUCGACGGUGUUAGUGCGCUUAAAUUCGAGAAGAUAAAUGUAGUCAAAGAUAUCUCUACGUCGUUUGAAAAUUCCCUAAUCGACGUUUUCAAGAUUACCAAAGUCUUCCUUCCGUUAUCUAUGUUUUGUAUGUUACUUUACACUAUUUCGGUCAAUCUGUCGCCGGAUUUUCUCAGAAGUAAACCCUGGGUAGGGAUCAUGUCGUCGUUAGCUACUGGCCUGAGUGUAAUUUCUGGAUUUGGUUUAUUAAUGUACUGUGGAUUGAAAUUUUCAUCCAGUCUUACUCUGGUUCCAUUUCUUAUAUUAGGUAUUGGGAUGGACGACACGUUCAUCAUGCUGUAUGCGUGGAAGAAAAGUGAAAAAACGAAGACCUUGCCAGAGAAAAUGGCGGAAACAUUUUCCGAAACUGGUGUCUCCAUCACUAUCACUUCCCUAACUAACAUCGCUUCAUUUGCAAUCACGUUUAUGGGAGCUAUUUUCGUGUAUUGUGGAAAGGCGGAAGAGAAGAAUUUACAUUCCUUAGUAUUUGUUCCACUGAAGAAAUUCUCUUCUACAGGUCGAAAAAGCUUUUUGAAAAAAAUAUUUUGCUACGUUAGCUCUGAAACGGUCGAAAACAGAAGUAAUUGUCAGUGUAUUAGUAAUAUCGUGACAAAUUUCACUAGGAUGUUGACAAAAAAUACCACAAAAAUAUCUGUAGUGAUAUUUUACUUCGUGUAUUUAGGAUUUUCAAUUUGGGGCAUUACUAAAAUUUCCUAUAACGCUACUCUAAAUCUAAACGUUAUUGGAGGUUCAUACCGACAUUAUUAUUACGAGUUACAGAAACAAUAUUAUUAUCAAUAUCAAUACAGGUUACAGUUUAUCAUUCUAGAGAAGCUGGAUUACGCCGAUCCUCUGGUCCAACAGAAAGUCGAAGAAACGAUGCAAACGUUGGAAUCCGAUCCUCUGAUUGGGGGAUCGCUAAUGACGGAAUCCUGGUUGAGGAGUUACCUCCGUUUUGUUUCGGAUAAGAGAACAGCGUCGUUGAUUUCUUCGUAUAAUUUGACAAAUACUAAAGACUUUUUAUUCGUUCUGCAGAAUUAUUUUCUUCGUAUUCCUCGGGCGAAAAGAUUUAAAAGCGACAUUUCUUUCGAAGAAAACAAUACAAAUGUAAUUAGUUCUCGAUUCCUGCUUCAAACGAACAUCUCCGCGGAUGAAAACCGUUUCUACCGUCAGUUGGUCCAAUUAAGGAAGAAAAUAGACCAAGCACCCUUCGACGCAAUUAUAUACCAUCCGUUAUUUUUUUAUUUCGAUCUCGUCGAUGCGAUUCCUGCCACGGCUACUCAAACAAUGUCUAUCGUUUCGGUGACGGUGUUUCUCAUAUGCGCCAUUUUGUUGCCAAACGUCACUUCUAUAGUGUGUGUGUUAUUUGACGUUCUUUCGGUAGGAAUAGGUGUUUUAGGUUUCAUGUCAUUCUGCAACAUUCAUUUGGGUUUAAACUCUAUUACAAUGUUCAUUGUUGUUAUUGGAUUUUCUGUAGAUUAUGCGGCACACGUCGCGUGCGCUUACGUGUCUUCUCGCGACACCGAUCCUAAUCUUCGUUUAAUUAGAGCUAUAUCCAUGACGGGAAUACCGAUCAUUCAAGGUUGCCUAACAACUGUUUUAGCCGUAAUAUUUAAUAUAUUUUUACCUUUAUUAGAAUCGAGACAAUCGGUAAUCAUCUUAUGUAUUUCUUGUGUAAUAUCGCUGUUGCACGGAAUAUUAUUUGUUCCCGUCAUCAUGUCUCUUUUAAACUCAUUAUGUCAAAGAGCAUGUGAAAGAGAAAAACGGGACAAAGAUAAGAAAGUCAACGAUAUUCUCCUAAAACCAGAAACUUAGUCGAAUAAAAUUGUAAAUGUGACAAUACGAGAGAUAGAUAUUAAUGAUACAUUAAAUAUACUGUAAAUAUGUUUAGUAUAUAUGAUAAAAACACACCGUAAAUAUAUUUAAUAAGUGUACAGUACAGAGUAUUGAUUCAUUUAUCUUACAUGUAAUAUAUCUUUUCUUUGUUAAUGUCAUAUAGCCAAAACGAAUAAAUACGUAGCCUAUAUACAGUAGAACCUCGAUUAUCCGGACU